GAGCGGAGCGAGCGAGAGCCCCGGCCGGAGCCGGACGCGGCGUCUGUUCCUUUCGUGCCGCUUCGUGGUGGCGCCCACCGCCACCUCACCUCACCACCUGUAGCAAUAGCACGAUCCAUGGAAUAGACUACUCCAGUCUCCAACGCGGCCGGUGCCGACGGCAGCGACAGCCUAUCCCCAACCACGCUCUGCUCCACCACCCCACCUCCGCCGCUGGCUGCGGUUCGUUCCGGCGCGGCGGACGCCGAUAAAGGAGGGUGAGGCGGCAGGAGCAAGGGGAGGGGAUCGGCGAUGAGCUUCGCGGAUCUGGAGGCGGGGGCGGUCAGGGCGCCCCUGGGCAGGAAGGCGAGAGGGGGCCCCAGCGACGCGCGCGGGCUCGUCUUCCAGAUCACCACCGCCGUGGCUUCCUACCGCCGCCUCCUCAACUCGCUCGGCACGCCCAAGGACACACCCACCCUUCGCGAUCAACUGCAGAAGACUAGUCAGAACAUUCUUCAAUUGGCAAAGGAUGCGAAAGAUAAGCUCCAAAAGGCUGCUGAAGCUGACAAGAGCAUCGAUACUAGUGCAGACAAGAGGGUUGCUGAUAUGAAGCUUGCCAAAGAUUUCGCUGCCACUAUGGAGGAGUUCAGGAAACUUCAAAAUCUUGCGAUUCAGAGGGAGACGGCAUAUAAGCCAAUUGUUCCCCAGAAUGCUCAGUCAAACUAUACUAUGGAUGACAGAAGUGCUGACUCUGGUAAUAUGCCUGAGCAGCGUGCACUACUUGCUGAAUCAAAAAGGCAAGAGGUGCUGCAAUUGGAUAAUGAAAUUGUUUACAAUGAAGCUAUCAUCGAGGAAAGAGAGCAAGCCAUUCAAGAGAUCCAACAACAGAUUGGUGAAGUACAUGAAGUGUUCAAGGAUCUUGCUACACUUGUACAUGCCCAAGGAGUUAUAAUUGAGGAAAUCGACACGAACAUUGAAAAUUCUGCAUCGGCAACUAAAGAGGCAAAGAGAGAAGUCGGCAAAGCAGACAAGACUCAGAAAUCAAAUUCUUCCCUGCUUUGCUUGCUUAUGGUCAUCUUUGGGGUCGUGCUGCUUGUUGUGAUAAUAGUUCUGGCAGCUUGAGACAGGCAAUCUUUCAUCUUACAAAGCGAUUCUGUGGAGUUCAGUAUUGAAGACUAGAUCUCUGAAAAUGGUUCUUGUCUAACCGUCACGUUGUGUGCAAAAAAUAUAGACAGCGGAUUUAGAAGCCUCUUUUACGUUUUGUGAUUUGUGAGUGCACGUUCCUUUGUCAUGCGUGAGUCCUUUUUUAAUGGCUUGCCUUGAGUGAACAGUGAUGCUCGUUUGCUCCUUCCGGUUUUGGAAGUUCGCUUGGGUGUGAUUCUGUAACUCUGUAAGUAUCUGCAUCCAAUAAAGGAAAUAGAUGAUUUCCUCCAUACUAA